AAGGAGAAAGAAAGAAAGGAAAAGCCGAAGACCGAAGGUCUUUUUCAGCUUUAAUAGAGCGUCGCUUCCUUCUGUAGUUCUAUUAUUCUCAGUUAGUCAUCGACCACCCUUUGUGACCCAUUGAGUCUUCUUCUGCCGGAAUUAAGCAAAAAGCAGCGCCUUCUUCCGCCGGCGAGACCAGACUUAUUUCUCCAAACUCCUCCUACUUCACAUGCUUGCAAAUUCCCCGUUUGUGUUUACUCUCCGCUGUAAAAUCCAACGCAAGAAUCAGAUCGAGAACUUGGAGUUGAAGAGUUUUGCAGCCGAUUUUAGAUUGCUAAUGCAUCUCCGAGGUUGGUUUCCCUAGGAGUCGCCUGCUUAUUCUGUUCCUGUUAUAGUUUCCGGCGAGGAUCAACAGUAGCAGGGCGUGAUUAACAGAGCAGAGGCGACUCGUUUCUGGUGAAAUGCCGACAAGCCAUUCUUGAUUUUCCGGUGAUUUAUUAUGAACUCAGCAGGGCUUUCACAAAAUGCUUUGGAGGACUUAUCUCCGGGACAGAGUUUGAAUGGAAGUUUCAGGAAGUCUAGUUCUGUUGUCUCUACCCGCAGCGUAUCUAGCAUUUCUGCUUCAAGCAAGUUCAUUCCUACUUCUAGAAGAGUGCUCAAGGCACUGAAAGACUAUGGAAAGAAACUUGACAACCUUGAGUUCUUUAAACAUAGUCUUGAAGAUUGGGUAUUGGAAAAUACUGAUGCAGAUACAAUCAAUGACCAGUCUUUCAGGUCUCCAUUCUCAAUCGACAAAUUGUGCAAGCUUGAUUUAGCAUUGGAGGGGGUGCUGUUUCAGCAACUAUGCCGUAUGCCAUGCUCUCCUUAUGCUUCUAAUGAUUCAAAAGAAGAUAAAUAUUUUGCAAUAGAAGAUUUUCUUCAUGCUGUUGUGAAUGGUCUAUGGCGUACAUUUUGGCGCAAAAAUGGGCCACUGCCAUUCUUCUUAUCCUGUCCCUGCCGUCCUGGAUCAAAAUUUUACACUGUACAGAAGGCAAGAUCAAGGGGAAGGCUUGAAGAUCUUUCUGGUUUAGCUUUGAUAUCAAAGAUUGGGACUGAUUCACAAGUUCAUUGGGGCAAAGUUGUGGAGCUUUCCUUAUUUAGACCAGAUAUAACAUCAGGUGAUGAGUUGAAAUUAUCUGCCAGUUGCAUAUGUGAAGCCCUCUUCUAUGGCAUUCAUAUACUAGUUGCUAGGAGUUUGAGCAAGUUCCACACAAUUGACAGCGGAUCUGUUUUUAUUUUGGUUUUUGAUUCUAAAUUUGGUGGUGUGGUGAAGCUUGGAGGUGAUCUUAGUACACUUGAAAUGAAGUCAUCUAAUCCAUAUCAAUCUGUUAUUGAUUGGAUCAAAUAUCAUGCUGAAGUUAGAGUUUCCCCUGUUGACCGCGUGUGGAAUAAGUUAGGCAACCCAAACUGGGGGGAUAUAGGAACUCUGCAAGUCCUUCUGGCAACUUUCUAUUCCAUUGUCCAGUGGAAUGGACCACCAAGAAAAUCAGUAGCUUCAUUGGCCUCAAAUCAUAGUCUCCGUCUUCAGAAGCGUAGGUUAGAGUGCUGCCUUAGUGAAGGUGAAAAUGUGCAUUUCCAACAAAUGGGACAUCAAGGAGAGAUUGUAGAACUUAGCCAGAGUGAUGAUUCUUCUAGAAAACAAUCAUCACGCUUGAAGCUUAGGCAGGGUGAUGUAUUGCUGUUGGAGGAUCAGCAGCAGGGGCAUAAAAGUUUUCGAAUUCAGAAUUCUUUAGUCGGAGGGAACUGUUUUCUUUAUAGUGUUGUUUCUCUAGAUUAUCCGUCUGAUUUAUUGACUUUAUAUGUGGGAGCCCAUCCACAUAGGCUAGAGCCAUCUUGGGAAGAUAUGAGUUUGUGGUACCAAGUACAGAGGCAAACAAAAGUACUAAACAUCUUGAAGCAGCAAGGAGUUACAAGCAAAUAUCUGCCAGAAAUAAUUGCCUCUGGCCGAAUUUUGCAUCCUGGUCUAUGUCAGAAGGAGAGCCCUGGGGGUUGUUGCGAUCACCCAUGGUGCGGAACGCCAAUACUUGUUACAUCUCCGGUUGGGGAACAACUCUCUUUUGUAGUUGCUCAGCAUAACUCAUUUUCCUCUGAGGAGGCAGUUCGGUGCUGCCGAGACUGUCUAGCUGCUCUCAGAAGUGCAACAAUGGCUGGUGUCCAACAUGGUGAUAUUUGUCCUGAGAACAUAAUACGUGUCAUGGACUCCCAAGGGGCGAGAAACAGAUUCUUUUACAUGCCAAUUUCUUGGGGACGUGCAGUUCUGGAAGACAGGGACAGCCCAGGAAUAAAUCUACAGUUCUCUUCGUCCCAUGCACUUCAGCAUGGGAAGAUUUGUCCAUCAUCUGAUGCUGAAAGCCUUAUUUACCUCCUCUAUUUUGUGUGUGGUGGGGCUAUGCAGCAACAGGAUUCUAUUGAAUCUGCCUUGCAAUGGAGAGAGAGAAGCUGGGCAAAGCGUUUGAUUCAACAGCAACUAGGUGAGGUUUCAGCUCUUCUAAAGGCAUUUGCUGAUUAUAUUGAUAGCCUUUGUGGAACGCCAUAUCCUGUGGACUACGACGUUUGGCUAAAAAGGCUAAACAAAGCUGUGGAUGGCUCAGCAGAUAGAGGUAAAAUGGUGCAAGAAUUAGCAGUAACGUUAAGGUUAGAGGAUGUUGCUGAGUGUUCAGGAGCUUCUGGAGGUGGCGUUUAGAGGCCAUGCGGAAGGGGUUUUGCUUUUGUAAUUAUAACAAGGUUAUUUUUCAUUUAUCAUUUUCUUCUGCCAGCUUUUGUAAUACUGGCAUAUAUUUGAGAUGGUGCAUUGCAGAUGUAUUGUCAUUUUUUGUUGGGUUCUUUUCUUUCUAUGCCUGUUUACGGAAAUUUCCUCUGAAAAAAGGAACAGAUGGUCCUUAUGGAGGUUGCAACUCAAA